GUGUUUGAUUUGUCCCAGCACAGUCCUGCAUACUUUCGCACUGAACGCCGGGAUGGAACAAUGAUGGCUCUGAAGACCAACACCAAGCUCUACAGCACGCGUGGCGAAGGCACCGCGGGUGGAUUUGAGCGGCAUGCCGCCAACCUCCAUCUCACAUUUGGAGGAGCGCUGCAGCCGGCGGCCAAGGGCCCCAGGAUGUAUGAUGUCGAGAGCGACAGGCAUCCCUGCGAGCUCGUUACCAAGUACUGUAGCGAAGCUCACUGGGAGUCUUUCGGGGACCGCUUGGUUAGCUGGCUCGAAGACCAGAAGAUCGAGAUGGCAGAUGCCCUCCAGCUGGCUGAGUUUCGGUUCCCGACGAAGGAGGGAUCCUUCGACGUGCCACUUUUCGCAUUCGAGUUUGGCCGUCCUGUGGACGGUUAUCCUCCCAAGGUUCAGCUGGAGCGAUGGUCUUCAAGCUUGUUCCAUAACUUCGAACGAAUGAGGGAACCUUUGGAAAUACAUCCUCUAUGCGAGCUCGACGAUCCUCUCUUUGGUGGCAGUGUCGGUUUGACCAAGGGCUUUACGAGGGCAUCCAUCCUGGCCUUCGGUGUGGUACAAACCUUGAUGGUCGAGGACCUGUCCACCUUUUCGGACGAUGAGAAAGAGCACUUCAACAAGUCUUUCGGCUAUGCCUUGGUCUUCGGGACGUGCGCCGAGGUGCAAACUCUGAUGGCCACCUUCACGGUGGAGCUGAUGAAAAACAGCCGGUGGCUCCUCGGAGCCUGUGGCCGCAGCACGCAGCCUUGGUGGAAGAGUGUGGAGACGAUGACGCCCGCAAAACAGGUGCUGUUUAUGAAGCGUGUUCUCUUCGGCUUCCAGGUGAGACGCAAGCAAGUGAAGCACAUCGCGACCGCUCGGCUCGGUGUUGAGCAAUGGGAGCAGCUGGUGGAGUCAAGCUGCCUCCUCCAGCACGUCUUAGAGGAAAUGCAUGCAGCCACCCAUGAUGAUGGCACUCCCAUUUUCCCCCCGGCUAGCAUCGAAAAGGCGGAACGACGCAGUGUGGAGGGGGACUACGCGCCCAAGUUCCAGAACUUGGUCACGGCAAAGGUGGACAUCGUCAUGGCCGAUCUCACGAUUUGGAAGGACCACCUGCCAAGCACUGUUGCGUCUGCAAGUGGCGCGGCAAUGCAGGGACAAGCCUUGGUCGAGGCUCUGGACUUGCAGAGCAUCGAAAAAUCCUUCGAAGCCGACUGCUUGAAAGUUGCCACAGACAUGGCGGAGUAUGCGCAGUACGUGACCCAGUGUGGGUCAUCCGAUCGGCAGGCUGCUGUGGCGAAGGUGCUGAAGCUCAAGGCGGAGCAGCGCCGAGGCUCACAGGCUGUCGUGGACUGGAUGCUCCGGAACUGCAAGUUCAUGGCCGGCGACUACACAGAGCACCACCUGGACAUCGUCGAGGCCUGCCUUUUCGUGAUCGGGCCCACCAUCGCCAGCUCCAAGGUCGUUGCGGGCAAGCGAGGAGAGAUCAGACGCAUCGAAGACAAACUCGACGCCAAGGGCUUCUCGUCGGCCCUCGUCUCCCUCCGUAUGGCCUCCGAAACCCACGGCAAUCGCCGAUUGCCCUUGGUGUUCCCAGCUUGGAUGGCAAUUCCUGAUGGUGUGACGAACAGCAUCUUCCAGGACUACAAGGUGCCAAGAGCCAAGAACGCAGCCCCGGCCACGGCGGAGAACGAAAGGAGCUUUUCGGAAGCCCAAUCCGCGGCGCAGAUCUUGGGUGGGUUGUCCAUGCCCACGGAAGUGUUGGAUAGCAUCCUCCAGGAUGUUAAGAUCGACAAGAAGUUUCCCGUGGCUGUGCUGAACCUGACUCCGUAUGAUGCAUGCCUCGAGCGGGCAUGUGUGAACAGCGGAUCCAUCUUCAGGACCAUCAGGAUUGUCAGCUACAGUGCGAGCCCCGAAUCCGUGGAAGUACUGUUCGCACAGAGGCUCAUGGCACAGAAGCUGCUCGAGGUCAGCUGCAUAACUUCAGAUCAAGUUUCUAUGUUACUGUUGUGCGGCCUCUGA